AUGUUUAGGAAAGCUUUGACUGAUUACUUUGUUGGGAGUGGUAGGAACAUAAAGUUCUACAAAAAUGAUCCUAACAGGGUAGGAUCUAAGUGUAGGCAGCAUGAUAAAGGGUGCCCUUGGAAAAUAUGGGCUUCAUGGGAUAGUCAUAAAAGAAAUUUUGUUGUGAAGGCUUACAUAGGAGAGCAUAACUGUGGCAAGGUAGCAAAAGUUACAUUGAUGAGCUCUACAUGGAUUUCUAGUAAUUAUGCAAAUUGGUUUAGAGUUAACCCUUACAUCAAGUUACAAGAUAUAAGGGAGUCUAUUUGGCUUGAUAAAGAAAUAAGGGUAAGCAAGUUCAUGGCUUAUAGGGCAAGGAAGAAGGGUCAGGCUUUGAUUGUUGGAGAGUACGAGGAACAAUACUCUUUGCUUCCUAGGUAUGCUGCUGAAAUUUUGAGGAGUAACAGGGGAAAUACUGUGAAGUUGCAGAUGAGUGGUAAUGUGUUUGAGAGACUUUAUUUGUGUUUUGAGGCACUGAAAAGGGGGUUUAAAGCUGGUUGUAGGCCCUUUAUCUCCCUUGAUGGCUGCUUUCUAAAAGGACCUUUUAGGGGCCGAUUGCUUUUUGCCGUAGGGAGAGAUGGAAACAACCAGAUGUUUCCUUUGGCCUGGGCUGUUGUUGAAGUAGAGAGUACUAACACUUGGACAUGGUUCUUGUCUCUUCUUGGUGAUGAUUGA